GCUUAGUAACCUCGAGAAUUUGGUUAAAAAUUUGCAAAAACCAGUCGAUGUUGCAAUAUCUAAUAUUAAGCGCAUCGACUGGGACCAGAUUCAAAGAGCUACUGGCCUUAAGCUCGAAGCGAUUCAAUUGAAUCCUCGCCAUGAG